AUGACGUCCUACUUCUCAUCUAUAACAUCGAUAUCUAACCUCAGCACUCGCUUCACCUCUCUUCGCCGUGUCAUAUCCUCAGAUGAGACCGACGACCCUGAAAACGAGGAUCUCUCACAUAUCUCCAAUGUUUUGCGAGCAUACUACAACGAGAAGGGCCGCAGGCUGCCCCCUUGGUUACCUCCAGACAAGAAAGCGGGAUCCAACACUCCAGUCAUUGCAACUUCUCAGGCAUCCUUCCAAGGCUACGGAGGCACGCCGUCUCAGCCUGGCGGUCGAGGCGGCCUAGGAGACCUAUGGGACGAUUCAGGGCGGUCGCAAGCACCGCAGCAAUCUACAGGGAGCCUUCGUGCCGGUCGAAGCCAGAAUAGCCUGGCGGGCCAACAAAAUUCGCUGCCAUCGUCCCUUAAACCCGCUCCAAACCAUCUACCCCAUCGUCCUACCGCGGCCGGCUUAAGGGGCCAGGGUGGAGGGUACGACCGCGACCCUUCACCACAUGCUGCAGGCCGCUCUCAAUCUACGGGUGGCGCGAGACCGCUCCCCAGCCAGCGUGCUGGGUCAUACCAAACCUCCGGCGCGCAGAUAUCACGGCCAGAAAUAGAUCGAACGUUAUCUGGAGCUUCGGCGCAGGACAGACUUCGUGCGCGGUUGCAUGGAGGUAGCAAACCGCCAUCUUUCGGGUCUAGCAACUCGUUUGAUUCCACCUCGAGUGAUGGAGCAGGGUACUCUAGGCAUGCAGCACCGCGUGGUGGCUAUCGAUGA